UAAAAACAUGAAUUUGUUACAAACACCUGCCUUUUAAUCAAACUAUUGGUGUAAUAGGGUCCUUUAUAUGCGUUAAUAACCGCAAAACACUCGUUUGAUUCAACUCAAACAAAAAUAUAUAUUUUGACGGCGUUUCAAGUCAAUUUGUUUUCUCGGCGAAAUUUAUUCUACGCGCUUAAACUAAAGUUUAGCAAUUAACCCCGUCAAAAGCAUCGCCGCUUUCAAUCAAAGAUACGUCUGCUCGUCACUCAACGGAAGCCGAACAUGAACACGCGCACAUUUCCGAGCUUUGUUCCGUUCCGUGAAGUAGCAUAAAACUUGGUCAACAAGCCGAAGCCGCCACUGAGCCCGCUCAACCCGGCCGGUACAGUUGUUUGCUUGGCGUCGCGCGGAUUAUCUGGAUACGCCGUACAGAGCAACAGAACCGAACAUUCCUCGUUCAAACGAGCCCGAACAGGGCAGCCCCCACCCCACGAGAUGCCGCUUCUUCACAAGAAAGCUUUCGUUCGACAGGAGCCUCCGGCCGACCUGCGCCCCGACGAGGAGGUCUUCCUCUGCCGCAUAACGCAUGAAAUCUUCCGUACCUACGACGAGUUCUUCGAGAGGACCAUCCUGUGCAACAGUCUGGUGUGGAGCUGCGCUUUGACCGGCCGAGCAGGCCUGACUUACCUGGAGGCGGUGGAGAGUGAGCGGCGUGCCAGGCAAAACCUCCGCAACUUUCCCGCCGCGCUCAUCAGGCCGCUUCUGCACCUGGCGGCACUGUGUCGACGCGGCCGCCUGAGCGAGCUGUGUGAAGACAUCUAUGCCUUCACCAAAGAGCGCUUUUUCCCCGGCGAGACGGUGGACGUCAGCGGACGCAACGGGGCAAGGCACAUUUGCGAAAUCCUUAAGGUCCACUCGCCGUAUUCCAGCACCAAGGGGGCGCCGGUCGUAAACGGACACAAGUCUGCAGACGGCGACACCAUCGUUAUCAGCGACAGCGAUGAUGAAGACGCCGCCGCCUUUCAAAGUCCCAGCAGGAAAAAGAAGAAAUCACUAAGUCCGUCGGCGUUCAAGUACGAAGUGAGGUUGACGAAGGAUGAGCCUGGGGAGCCGUUUAUCACCAGAGCCAAUCAGAUCAGCCGUAGGAAAAACGUAAUGUCACGCGAACGUCUCAAGCUGCUACUCAAGCAGCACUGUGAGCCGGCCAACGGCAUCAUUAGGCUAAAGGCAUCAAGCAUUGCAAAGUACCGACUGUCCGAUCAAAACUUCUCACAAUUCUUCCCCGAUGACCCUCCACAGUUCCCCUGCAGUGUUAAGAUGGAGGCACGAGGCUCACAAUUGCAGUCAAGCACAUCACACCUAAUGGCGGCUGAGGAGAAGCUAAAGCUCCUGCAGCAGGAAUUGUUUGCCAAGGCAAAGCUGAAGAACAAGGAGGAGUCACAGGAGGCCAAAGAAAGGUUUAAGGAGGAGCAGAGGAAGCGCUUUGAGGAGGAGAAGCAAAAGAGGAGAGAGGAAAAGGAGCGCAAAAAGCAGGAAAAGGAUCUGGAGCGUGAAAAGCUAAAGGAGGAGAAGAAGAAAUAUGCCGAGAGGCUGAAACUGUGGAACAAACCGAGAGAGGACAUGGAAUGUGAAGACCUAAAGGAUCUGCCUACUCCCACGCCUGUCAGGACUCGGCUCCCACCCGAGCUUUUUGGAGAAGCCAUGAUGGUGCUGGAGUUCCUCCGGGCGUUCGGCGAGGACUUCGGACUCAAGGAUGAAUUCCCAGAUGGAGUCUCACUUGAGGUUCUGGAAGAGGCCCUUGUGGGCUCCGAUUCAGAAGGUCCUCUCUGUGAGAUGUUAUUCUUCUUCAUCACGGCCAUCUUUCAGGCUUUGGAUGAAGAACAAGAAGAGGUGGCUACAGAUGCUCAGGAAGAAGCAUCUGAAGCCCCGGAUGACGACUCUGAGCGUCCCGACUGGGCUGAGAGCGCCGCCCUGUCAUCGGCCGCUGCCUGGUCUCAACUUCACCUGGGCUGCAGUCUCCAGGAGGUGGAUCUGGACAGCUGCACGCUGUCAGAAAUCCUGCGCCUGCACAUUCUGGGGUCCAGCGCCUACUGCAACCAUGCCAACGCCAAGUUCCGCUACCAGAAGCAGGGCGGCUACACGUCCACAGACGACCCCUGCGUUGAGCUCUGCUCGGCCCGCCCGGCACUCAUGGGGAGGCUCGCGUGCACCGCCGUGUACGAUUUGACACCAGGCGAGAAACUUAGCAUCCUCCAGGCGUUAGCGGGCAAGCUACUGACGUUAGCGUCCAGCCGAGAUCUGAUAGAGGACUGCUUGGAGGAGCAGCGCGCCGCCCGCCAGGAGCUGAGGGAGAUCCGAGCCGAGCAACACCGCAGGGAACGCGAGGAGGCGGCGCACAGGGUCCGUCUUCGCAAAGAGGAGCGUCUUAAGGAGCAGGAGCAGCGACUGAAAAUGAAAGAGCAGGAACUGAAGGACGGCGAGACGAACUCGUCGCCGAGUGUGAAGACUGUAAAAGAUGAAGUGAAAGAAUCUGUGACAGCUUCUCACUCCCAAGUUCCUGUGAGGCCCCUUGCCACUCCGACGGUGGCACAAUUAGAGGAAGAGCAGGAGAAGGUCCGUGAGCUACUAGAGCGCAUCCAGAAGGCUGCGGCGUGUACCAGCCUUCACCCGCUGGGCCGGGACCGCCUCUAUCGCCGUUACUGGCUCCUCCCGUCGGCCUCAGCGCUUUUCGUGGAAGAGGACAGCUUCGGCCUGACGGAGGACAUGUUGCAGCCCCGCCCUAAACCUGUCCAGGACACCUCUGCCGACAUGGAGGACGUCCAGGAGGAGCCCGCGGAAGGAAGCGUGGGAUCAAGCCCAGCCCUGCCGUACUCCAGUGGCCCGCCGGUCAACCGUCCGAACCAGUGGUUCUUCUACAGCUCGGUGGAGGAGUUGGACCAGCUGCUGGAUGCGCUGAACCCGCGGGGACAUCGGGAGAGCGCCCUGAAAGAGGCACUGUUGCAGGAGCGUGAACGUCUGCAGGAGGUUCUGCAGGCCUGCCAGUGCAGCAAGUAUACCUGCACAGAUGAUCCAGAGUCCUCCCGAUCUGUCCCAGAACGCACUGCUACGGCCAAGACCGUCAUGGAGGUCAGACUGCGAGACCUCUUGCUGGAUAUAGAGGAUCGCAUCCACCAGGGAACUCUAGGAACACUCAAGGUGGCGGACAGACAGGUGUGGCGCGCUGCUAUGGAGGCAGGAAACUACGGGCUCCUGUUGGCUGUAAGCGAAGUCGCAGAGAUCGACUCUGGCGACACAAUGGCAGCAGUGAGAAGUCUGGCUCGGGCGCUGGGCCACAUCGAGCAGGGAAUCGAAAGACGCUUCCUUAAAUCUCCGCUAGUUGAGGAGGAGUCUAAAAAAGAGGCCAAGAGUAAAAAGAGCAAGAAAAAGGAUGAAGACCAGGCCAGCGACGACGGCAGUGAGAGCAGCCGUACGUCAAAGUCGGUGUUGGAGCGCUGGAGAGAAUCUCUGCUGUCGUCUUCCAGCCUGUCUCAGGUUUUCGUUCACUUAUCCAUCCUGGAGAGAAGCAUUCUGUGGUCUCGCUCGGUCCUGAACGCCCGUUGCCGCGUGUGCCGGCGCAAAGGCGACGCCGACAGUAUGCUGCUCUGUGACCUGUGUGACCGUGGACACCACACCCACUGUUUGAGGCCACGUCUCAAGAGUAUUCCGGAAGGCGAAUGGUUUUGUCCCGACUGUCGGCCCAAAGAGUCCAAACGCCUUCCUUCUCGACAGCGUUUAUCAAUGGAAGAUGAGCGCGAGGACGAUGAGGAAGAGUCCAAGGAAGACGAGGAUGAAGAGGAGUCGGAAGAGGAAGAACUAGUUGUCGCAAGUUCCAAGAAAAGUCAGGCGACGCCCCCUAAAGGCAAGAGUAAUCAGACCGUGUCUAAAAGCCAACAGUCCACAUCCAAGAAAGCUGCAGUGUCAAAUGGGAAGAGCACAAACAAGUUGUCAGGCAAGAAGACCAAUCCCCAUCCAUCGUCCAAGACCGCCAAAAACAAUGAGAGCCUCAAAAAUUCUACGAGUUCAAAGAGGCCGCCACAGACGUCCCGAGUCCUUAACGUCCUCCCUUCCCUACCCUCCACCCUGGAUUCGGGCAGCCGUCGCUCGUCAGGGAGGAACCGAGGUGUCCACGAGCUGUCGGCGUUAGAGCUCUUGAUCGUGGAGCUGGUCCGCCACGACGACAGCUGGCCCUUCAUGAAGCUGGUGACCCGAACGCAGGUGCCUGACUACUAUGACAUCAUCACCAAACCCAUCGCGCUGAGCACCAUCAGAGAGAAAGUCAACAACUGCCAGUACCUCAACACGGGCGACUUCAUCGCAGACGUGGACCUGAUGUUCUCCAACUGUCUUCGGUACAAUGCUCGACACACCAAUGAGGCCAAGGCCGGCCUGCGCCUGCAGCAGUUUUUCCAUACCCAGCUGAAGAAACUGGGCCUAUCGGACCACGGCGCCGACACCCCGCCUGCCAAGCGAGCUCGCCGCUGACGCGGUCCAUCCGCCCGCUGCAUUCAAAAAGGGACGGCGCCACCACGUUUUGCAACUACUGACCUGCUGAUGUUCGUUCAUGGUGCCGACUUCCUGUGGUGCUUCACUUCCUGUUGAAUCAUUUUUGUUGUUGUUGUUUUUUUUUUUUUUUUGUGCACUGACACACGCAUUCGCAUCUUUAGUGUUUCUCAGGGACAACUACAAAAAAAGCUAAUUACCUAUAGUGUUGCACAGAUACCUUUUUUGCUACCGAUACUGAUGAUACUGUACUGAUCCAUUCUUAUAAAAGAAUUUUUUUCUUUUUCUGUAAUAGUUAUAAUUCUAUAAUACUAAAGUACUAAAAUAUUGUCAUUGACAACGCUAGGCAUCCAGUCUGAAGUGCAAGGGUGCCCAUGCACGGGAACAUCUGUGCAAAUGUACUUGAAGUUUUUUUCAAAAACUGUGUUAUCGGUACAGUUUCAGCAUUGGCCGGGAGUCUGUAUCGGGAGCUAAAAAAAAUUGGUAUCAGUGCAACUGUAGCUCGUUACCAAAAUCAUUCCUGUUUCUUCUUUUUUUUUUUUUUUGCGGGGUUUUUUAUUGGGGGGAAGAAGUGAAAAACAAGCUAGCAGCUACAUUCUCUAUAGAAAAAAGUCCUUACAAACACAAAAACCUUUUUUUUUUUAAAAUUUUUUUUUUUUUUAUUUAUUUAUUUUUUUUUUUUGUAAAUGCACAGAAAAAAAUCAACAGAGGAUGCCUUCAUCGUGCAUCAUGAACUGCUGCGGGUUUUUGGGUUGCAAAUAAAUGUUUGUGUUCCUUAUUUAUUUAUGACUGAUAGACCAGCCACCAGCACAGCCGUUUUUUCUAGCCUCUAUGUUGUGAAAAUAAAGUUUUUAAAAAAUAUAUAUAUUUUGCGUCAUUUUCAAACAGCUGUUAGUAUCGUAUGGCAAUGGCAUAUUUCAAUUUUUCGACGUCUGUUUAUUUUAAUUUGUAUUGAAAAUAAAAACUAGUUGAAAUAACUAGAAACAAAAGUUGAAGUUUAAAUUCAUGUAUUUAGAUCAAGAUUAGGUUUCGUCUUUCAAAUGUUAUUUUCAGCAUUUCAGUUUUUAUUUGAAUUUGUAUUAAGAUGUCAAGUUGUAGAAAGAAAUGUUCAAAUAAAUGGAAAUUGAAAGGA